CAGUUCGAAAACGCCCACUAAAAGAAGGCGACGCAACACACGCCCUCACCGACCCAGCAGCAGGGGCGCGCAGUUCCCAUUCCUCCAGGACCACCUCCCCACACAUCCCAAGCAGAGUCUCCGCUCGCUACGUGCAACCAGCAAAAACAGCUCCCUCUCUAUCUGAAACCACACAACAACCAUGGGGUGCAGUAGCAGCAAGGACAAGAACGACUCGCAGGGCCCCAUGACCAACCGAUACAACGAGGCCAAUUACUCGAACCUCGCGGCCAAUGUGAACAACGGCAACUUCUCGGCUCCACAAAACGGCAACCAGCCACGUCGCUCCGUGCCGGCUCCGCGCAACCAGCGCAAUGGCAAUCUGGGCGCCUCUCAAACCGGCAACCGUGCGGACUCGGACAACUGUUUCCCAGAGCUGGUCAAGUUCCGACUGGACGAGAGCGAAGUUCUACUGACGCGCAAGGUCUCGAGCGGCGCCUUUGGUGUCGUAUGGCUGGGUCACUACCACGGCCAGCCCGUGGCUGUUAAGCGCAUGAUCGACGGCGAGGACGAGGCUAUCUCCUUUUCUCGUGAGAUCGAGACCAUGUCCCGACUGUCGCACCCUAAAAUCGUACGCUUCAUCGGCUGCACGUGGACCAACAAGAAGGAUCUAGGCGGCGUCUCCGAGUACAUGGACGGCGGAGACGUCCGUACACUGCUGGAAACCCGUAAGAUCGAGCUGAGCUGGAAGAAGGAGAAGAUUUCCAUUGCCAUCGAUAUCGCUGAAGCUCUAGCUUACAUGCACUCACGUUCGCCCAAGAUUAUUCACCGUGAUCUUAAGUCACGUAACGUGCUGCUGAAUUCGAGUAUGGUGGCCAAGCUAAGCGACUUCGGACUCAGUCGUAACCGCACGUACGAGGAGACGUUGACUGCCGGCGUGGGCACAGUGCGUUGGACCGCUCCUGAAGUGAUGCUGGGCGAUAACUACAGCGAACAGGCCGACGUGUACUCGUUCGGUGUGGUCUUGAGCGAACUGGACACCCGCGAGAUCCCGUUCGAAGAGAAGAGCAGCAAAACAGGAGCCGGCGGCGCACCCGACAUGGCCAUUGUGAUUAAGGUGGCCAAGGGCGAGUUGCGGCCAAGCUUCGCGCCGGACUGUCCCGAUGUGAUCCUGCGUAUUGCCCGUGCCUGUCUGCAGUUCGACCCGGCGCUUCGUCCAGACAGCGAGUCGGUCGUGCAGAUGCUCAACGACGCGCGCAUUCAGCUCCAGGCGAUGUCAUAACCGUAGCUCGCAGAACCCAAUGACCCCACGCAAACGCGUCUCCUUACAGCAGCAAACGGAAGCUGCUACCGUCCUUCCAGUAUGAGCUGACGCGGGUGUGUGUUUAGCAGCACGAAUUGAAGUGCUGUGAACGUUUUUCUGACACAACGACAGACAAUCUGGGACGAGAAAGAAGAAUAAAAAGCGGGUGGAUGUCUUGCGGUGUGCAAGUUGGGGCGAUGAACGACAGGGAUGGUAGAUUUCAUUUGGUUGGGUCAGGAGUGAGUGAGUCGAUGCAGAUGAUCGAGAGAGUGAGGUGGACACGAAACGUUAUCAAUUGCGCGUCGCGUCUGCCUCCCGCUCUUGUCGACAUCCCUGCGUCAGCGGCUUGUUCAUUUGUUUAAUUUUUAACCACAUUGUUUUUUUUUCUUGAACUCCUUGACAAGGGUAAACUUUUGGUGGAUGCCCACAGCCUUACCGCUUGACCCGAUAAAUGCGAACCAUCCACGCGUCUGAUGUGAACACGUGCUCGAAAUGCCGUAGCUUGAUGUCGCGCGUUGGAAUUCUAAAUUGGCGACUCAUAUCCCACCCGAGUACGGGAUUUUCACC